AUGAACCAAACAGGCAUCUCUGAAUUUGUCCUUUUGGGUCUCUCCACCCAGCCUCAACACCAGAAUCUCCUCUUCCUGCUUUUCCUCUCCUUCUACGUGUUGACUCUGCUAGGAAACCUUCUGAUUGUCCUCCUGAUCCGUUUGGACCAUCACCUCCUUCGUACCCCGAUGUACUUCUUCCUCAGUCACCUCUCCCUGGCUGACUUAGGUUUUGUUUCCAGCACUGUCCCCAAGAUACUGGUGAACCUGGUGUCUCCCAUCAAGGCCAUCUCCUACAGCGGGUGCUUGACCCAGAUGUAUUUCUUCUUAACCUUUGGCAACACUGAUAGCUUCCUCCUGGCUUGCAUGGCUUACGACCGCUACGUGGCCAUCUGUCGCCCACUGCACUAUACCACUGUGAUGAGCCACAAGUGCUGCCUUGUUCUGGCGUGCGGAUCGUGGAUCCUUUCUGCUCUUCACUCUUUGCUCUACACUCUUCUGACGUCCCGCCUUUCUUUCUGCUCCUCCUGGGAGAUCCCCUAUUUUUUCUGUGAUGUCUACCCUCUCCUGGAACUCUCCUGCUCAAGCACCAGACUUAUAAAGACCCUGGCACAGACGGAGGGUGUGGUGGACAUUCUGGGACCCUUUGUCCUCAUUAUCAUCUCCUACAUGCGCAUCUUCUGUGCCAUCAUGAAAGUACCAUCUGCUGCUGGGAAGCGCAAGGCCUUCUCGACCUGUGGCUCUCAUCUGACUGUUGUGGUCCUGUUCUAUGGGACCAUCAGCUGCCUCUAUUUCCAGCCUACGUCUGCUUACUCAGCCCAGAAAGGCACCGUUACUUCUCUCUUGUACGCAGUGGUCAUCCCUAUGCUGAAUCCAUUCAUUUACACCUUGAGGAACCAUGACAUAAAGGCAGCUAUUGUGAGACUUUGGGAAAAGAGCAGACGUUUUCAGAGUAAAUGA